AUGCUUGGGAUGACCCUCAGGUCCGUUCGGGGGUGCUGGACCCAGCCCACUAGUAUCGCAGAUAUCAAACCGGCAGAGAUCCACGGUCACAUCUUCAAGCUGACAGCCAACGGCGAGAUGCAAGCCUACAAGUAUCGCCAAGGACCAACAACCAGCCCGGAUAACCUCGAUCCUUUAGAUACCUUCAAGCCCAUAAUUUGGUUAAUCCUCGGGCUUCAAGUCCUCACUGACGAUGUGCCGGCGAUGAUGAGUGAGUUUGUCCUCGCGGAUAACGGCACCGUCAUGCUAGACAAAAGAGAUAUGAAAAAUUGUGGGACGCCUUUCCGCAUCACCGGAUUCUUUCUUGGGGAGCCAGGCAUGACUGAGUUCUAG